UUUUUUUAUUUUUUUAUUUUUUAUUUUUUUGGAUUCUGCUUAGAAAUUCGUGCUUAGGAGAGACUUGAGUACAGGCAGGCAUGGCCGACCUCUAAAAAGUCGGAGAAAGUAGCCUGUAUUUGCUCCCCACUGUGAUUAUUCGAGUCCUAAAAUCUUGAGCAUUUGGUUUGAAACCUCCAAGAAACUCUUGGGGGGGAGGGGUUUCAGUUCACUUGCUUUAAAAGGUUUUUCUUUUCUUUUCUUUUCUUUUCUUUUCUUUUCUUUUCUUUUCUUUUCUUUUCUUUUUGUUUUCAGAUUGUGGGAAUUUAGAAAUGGAUUUAGUAUUAAGCAUUGAGUAUUUUAAAAGUAUUUGUCUUCCCCUCCUGCUUCUUCAUCACCUCUACCACCACCUUCUCCUUCCUUUUUCCUCCUACUCCUUCCCUCCUUCUUCCCUCUCUCCGUUCCUCCCUCUCUCCCCCUGCCCCCCUCCCUCCCUCUUUCAAAAAGAUUGGGAAACAUUAAGCCACCAAAGCAUGUUUUCUAACUAAAUGUUGCUACCGUCACCGUGUUAACUUGCUUCCUCCACAGAGUGACACACACGUUCUGUCUUCUGCUCACUGCUUAACUGAAGUUUCAUCAAAUUUUAAAUCGCAGGGUUUAAACUCUAACAGCACUUGCUCUUCUUGCAGAUGGGGACAUUACUUUCCCCAGUAGCCAUCUAAAAAUCCCCAAAAUAAAAUUCCCUUUUAUUUUGGUGAAGGUCGCUGACUAAGACAACAACAUUUAGUAGUUUGGCUAAGACCCAGGUCCCACUUACAAACUUAAUAUAAUCUUGUAGAUUAAAAUAGGAAACAGAGCCCAUUAUUUAUUUAUUUACCUUUGGUCAUGCUGAGAGAAGCCUAAUGGAAAUUAAAUUGCCUGAUAGGAUUUAAGUAAUUGGUAGUCAUAACUUUCCCUGCAUUCCAGGCUGUAAAUUAAAACCAAUUCUGUUUAGAAGCUUUACCAAUACAUCUUCGAUGCAGCCAUAUGGGAUCGUUUUUAGUUUGACAGAGAGCUGAAAAGAUUGAUUCUGUCUUUUACAGCUCUCAAUCCUAACUCUUGCCAAAUUCCCAAAGCCUGUUUCCCAAAGUUUGUGUUUGUUGGGAGUGUCAGGUGAACCGCUGCGGGUGGGGGUUGGGGGGGGGCGCUGUGGAUGCUGUGUGUGAAUUGUUCUUCACUCAGGCAAGCAUCUCUCUUCACCUUCUCACUGGCCUUUCCUGAUACGUUCAUUCUGCACUUGCUGAGGCAAAACUGAGAAAGUGCCCUGACUCAUUGUACCCAAGACCUUAAAUCAGGGCAGACUGAAACGCAGUUCCAGCCAGGCAGCUGCCAAGCAGAGGCUGGCAUUGUGGCUUCUGAAGACUGGCUCUGAAUCGCGCCUCUGUGUCCUGGCUUCCCCGGCACUUUGCAUUUUGCCUGGCUUUCAUCCUACAUAAUAAAAGCGGUUGUUAUUUUUCUGACUGGCCUCCAGACUCUCAUUAGCUUUCACUCUGAGUACCCAGUGCACAUAAGAAAUUAGAGCCAAAGGGAGGUUCUCUCUGGCAGAGCCAAGAGUCCUGGUGAGUCUCCCAUGCGGGCAGUUAUGUGUUCCUAGGCCCCGGAGUGUCAGGUAGCUUUGCUGGUAGUGGAGGAAACUUACCUGCAGAAUAUAGCAACCAGGUGGUAAAGAGAUGGCUAGAGGAUGGGGUGAGGUCCAACAUUUGCAGAGACAAGACUUGCUUAGAAAGUCAGCUUCACUUGUUUUGGAAGCUUCAAUCCCUGGGUCCUUUGGAUUCCCCAUUUUCCUGCUCUUUUGUGUGACUUACCAUCUAUACAGCAUCCACAGAAGGGGCACUUCUCCUGGGUUGUCUGUGAGGUUGCUAGAGCCUGAUUUCUCUGGGGAGCUAAUGUGUUGAGGCUCUGCUGGGCUGAGGAGUGGUUGGGGAGCAUCAACACAGACACCCCAACAUCCCCAGCUUCUGCAGGCAGAUCACCAUAGCUCUGCCAGUGCCUGUUGAUGCCCACGCUGCCCAGUAGUACAGGCAGAAGCACAGAGCGUGCUAUUUCACUUAACCUUCACAACAAACUCUAACAGCAUUGGCUGUUCUUGCAGAUGGGAACAUUUAAGCCCAUUGUCCUGCCUAAUGAUGUUAAUGUGUCGAGGAUUCAAGAGUCUACUUGGUGCCUUGGACAAUAGAGACCCUGAGUUGAAAACCUCCACACUGCACACCCUGGACAUCAGCGUAGGGGACUCCUCAUCCUCCACAACAAUCGUCCCAUAGGUUGUGAUAUUCAGAGGCCUUUACUGCCUCGGACUAGUUAGGUGCUAUGGAAUUUUGCACUAUUGCCUACAUUAAAGAUUCCGGGUUUUUUUUUUUUUUUUUUUUGUCUGAUUGUUUUUGUUUUUGUUCUUUUGGUUUUGUUUUUAUUUGUUUUGUUUUGUUUUUAUUUUUAUUUUUAUUUUUAUUUUUUUGUUUUAAACAGGGCAGACUCCUCUCUCUGUCUCUGUCUCUGUCUCUGUCUCUGUCUCUGUCUCUCUCUGUGUGUGUCCUGUGUGUGUGUCUUAAUAGAGAUGGCACAGGCCCCAGGGAGCCCGGCAGCCUGGGCCUCUGGUCUUCCGCACACUGGUAGACGAGCGUUUGCAUGAUGGGGCGAUGCUUGCUGAGAUUCUGCCAGACAUCGAGUGGCUUCCUGGAGAAGGACUGUUAUCACAUGCGCUUGCUUCUGAGUGAGUGCACAUGCUUAAUGCUAGGACCGUGGUGUAAAUCACUGUGCCAAGCUUGAAAUAGAAGAUUUUAGACUGGUGUGGCAUGCUACAGAGCACAUAUGGAGAUCAGAGUGCAACCUUGGGUGUUAGUCCUUAUUUUCUACUUGGUUUGAAAACAGUGCCAGGACUAUCGCCGUGGCUGGCUCACGGGCGCCCUGUGCGAGGACCUGUGUGUGGGCGGGGAGCUGCUGUACCAACGCUGCCUGUAUUACGAGCGUGGUAAGAAGGUGCUGCAGGCUCAGUGGCGUGGCCGGACCGUUGUCCUCAAAUCCAAGAGGGAGGCCUUCUCCAGCUUCCCGCCCCUCACUCUGCUGGAGGAGGAAGCAGGGGCAGGUGCCCCCGGCAUCCCUGAGGCUGAGCUGCUCCUGAUGGUGGCCGGGGAGGUCAAGAACACGCUAGGCUUGGAGCUGCCCAACAACAGCAUAGCCCCGCUAUGGCCUGCCAGGCAGGGCCCUGGCUGGCGGCAACAGCUGGCCAGUGCGUGGUCACUGCUCCAACAGGAGGAAUACGUAUACUUCAGCCUGCUUCCAGAUCUGAGCCGCCACAUCCUACCGGUGCUGGGAUCCUGCGGUCACUUUUAUGCAGUGGAGUACUUGGCUGCUGGUAGCCCUCACCACAAGGCUCUCUUCCCACUGGAUGAUGCUGGCCAAGCACAGGCUAUUAGCCACAUUGCCCUCAGCUUCCUGGACAUGGUGAGCCAUUUCGACAGUGACUUUUCCCACCGGCUCCACCUCUGUGAUGUCAAACCUGAGAACUUCGCCAUCAAGAGGGACUUUACGGUGGUAGCUAUUGACGUAGACAUGGCCUUUUUUGAGCCUAAAAUGAGGGAAAUCCUUGAGCAGAACUGCACGGGAGAUGAAGAUUGCAAUUUCUUCGAUUGUUUCUCCAAGUGUGAUCUCCGAGUGCACAAGUGUGGAGCCCAGCGUGUCAACAGCAACCUGCAAGUCAUCUGUGAUAAAAUAUUCCGACACUGGUUCUCCUCAACACACAGGAGCCCGGCUGUCUCCCUCCAGCUUCGGCUGCAGCUACAGCAGGCCGUGCAGGAGUGUGCUCAGCACGGGGGCUCCUCGGGGAAUUCCUGGACAGCCUCAUCCAGUGUGUUCUGGAAGCUUCGAUGGCUCUUGCAGGCCACUCUGAAAGAACUGCAGGAGGCGGAGAAGUAGCCUCUCUCUUGCCUUUGCCAUCAAGAGUAGACAGAGGAAGCGACCUUCAAGGGACUCCUCCUGUAGUUGCUAUGCAAAUGAGCUGUCAGAGCCCGUGGCAUGCUCUUCUGAAGUGUGCAGCUGAGCUCCCCUUCUGUGGCUGUGACGUGGACCUCUCUUGCUCCUGCCCAGCUCGGUUCGAUCUGGUUUCGUGGCGACCUCCGGUCUGUCACUCCUUCCGCAGUGACCGAAGGGAGGAGUUUCACCAGAGUUGCCAGUCUGGAACCCUCUGAGGACUGUACACAGACCUUGCCACUAUAGACAAGAGGCUGCUGCUCUUCCUUGUUAGCUGCUAACAAGCUAAAGCGUGGCUGUGGGCAUACUGAUGGAUAUGUUUGCAAAUAAUUGUGUGCAUAAUGUUGCACCCAUGAGUGUAUGAGUGGGUUUGUAUAUAUGAAUGUGUAUUGUAUACACAUGAGUAUGUUGUGUGUAAAUAAGCAUGGGAUUGUGUGUAUGUAAGUGGGAUUGCACAUGUUCUCAUAAUUAUGAGUGUUCCUGUGCACGCAAGUGUGUGUGUGUGUGUGUGUGUGUGUGUGUGUGUGCACAUUCGCAUGCCCAUGACCCAGUCAUCGUGCCUGUGAAUCUGUGCUCAUGGAUGAAUCCAUGUGAAUCCACCCAGAAGUGCAUGCAUGUGUACAUCCAGAAGUGAGUAAGUGGGUGGGCACUCGGAGCCUGUAUGGAGAGGUGGCUUUUCAGUGUGUCCCUAGGAAUCUUGCCUAGCUGGCAAAGAAGUGCUAUUUUUCCCCCCUGGAAUUAAAUGCAAUAAAAUGUGUGUCCUUAGCGGCACAAUUUGCUUUGGGGAGUAUGUGGAAAGGCAGCUUUUAGUGCUUCCCAUUCUGUGGAAUUCUAGGGAGCACUUUACCAUGCAUCGACCGCAGCGCAUCUUUCUUCUGAGCUGGACCAGGUGUCUGCGGAAUGCAGUGUGUCUUGCAGCGACAGAGACAGUUUAUGUAAAGUGCUGGGGUGGCCUCUGACCACAGGCAGAACUGAGGAAGAGCUUGUCUGUGCGUACCGACUGAAGACCCAGCCGAGGGCAGCGGACACUUCUUGUGGACAUUUGAUGAUGCUCUUUUCCAAUGGCCAGCUCGCACGAAGCCAGCCAAGCUGUGCAUUGCUCCCCAACAGAGAGUGGAACCAGCAAGCCUUAUGCUUACCAUCUUGCUUCUACUCAGAACAGGGACCCCAAACUCUACAAGUCACAGGGAAGGGGACUCAAGAACAGUAGGAUGUCUCGAAGAUUGGGAAGGUGUGCUAGGGGCUUAUUAGGAGAAAAGGACAAAAUUUGGAGUUUUAAACAUGUACAGAAUGACAGAGCCUCACCUUUUCUCUUCAUAUAAGACCUUUGCAGUCCAGAGAACUGCCUCUUUAACUCCUGUGGAUGCAGUUCUCAGGGCUGUGCACACAGAUGACAUCCUCCCUACUCUGAGCAGUGGCACUAGGGGAUGGAGGCGGGUCGGAGGUCACACCAGUCCUGAAGCUGUCUAUGAUCCUGAAGGCAGGAGAUGUCUGUUUCCUGCCGCCCCCAUCCCCUCAGCCCACCUACCAGCAAUUUGCCAGAGAAGGCUGACUUUCUUAAAGGCUAUCAUCUAUCCUGUGCUGGAAGACUUGCUUUUUGUUUCUGUCCUUUGAUGGGAGCCUGCGCAGGUCACUCUGCCAGAAGUGAGCAAAAGCCCACGUAGGUGCCCAGGUCUAGGCUAGCAGGGAGAUAGCCUAGAAGGUAGGGAGAAAGCUCUGGGAUUCCUAUGAGGCUUAGCAACUUUUCUGUCUCUGCACGGGGAGUCAAAUGACUCCUUAGUAGCCCUCUGGCUACUGACCAGCCGCUGUUAGUUUUUAUUCGAUUCUAAAUGGAAACAAAUGUUUUGUUUACCAUGGAGACUGUGCAAUAUAUGAUCACCCCACACAAUAGCAUCCCUUUCUGCAUGUUUUUGGCUACACACACACACACACACACACACACACACACACACAGACUCCUUGCCUAAGGAUCUAUUUUAAGGCAGUGGUUCUUAAAUUGUGGUGAAAUUCACUUUUUAAAAAUGUUUAAACCUUUUUCAAAAUACUGCUUUUAUAUAAUAUAAUAAACAGACAUGAUGGUAUUAUCAGUAUUUAGGCUUUUGGCUUUUGUUUUUGAUGCUUGGGGCUGAGUACAGAGCCUUGAGCGAGCUAGCCUUGUGCAAGCUAGCCCAGCACCAUACCCUGAGCUAUGAACCCAGCCCCAUAUUAUUUUUUUUUCCAAGAAAAGGUCUCCCUGUGUAGCUCUGGCUGUUCUGGAACUUGCUCUGUAGACCAGGCUGGCCUCAAACUCACUGCCUCUGCCUCCUGAGUGCUGGGAUUAAAGGUAUGCACCACUACCACCUGGCCAUAUUUAAUAUUUUUAAUAUGACAACCGAGAAUGGUCAUUGCUGACCCAGCUGAGCAAUAGCCAUACUCAUGAGGAUAAAAGGGGUUUUAAUAACACUCACAACAGACAAACCAUUAACUUCAAGAGUUUUAUCCUAAUUAAAACUGGCUUUUUUCCUUUUCUUUUCUUUUUAAUCAGGGUAGAGCAAGAACAUAGUCCCUCACUAUCACAAAUUAUGCAGUUUCCUGCAUUUGGGGAAAUCAUAGGGGUCAGCACAUCCAGACUGCAAUGGGUAAGGCUCGCCCUGGGAAAACUUCCUUCAUGACCAUGAUAUCUCCUCUUCUAAAAUUGGCUUGGUUUACUGUGAAUCUUUUUGUCACAAACCAAUUUUCAAAGUUUAUCCUGGUUAGCAUUAACACGAUCUUUCGAAGAAAGGAUUCUGGACUCACAUGCCUGUUGACUUAUGGAGGACACAUAUGAACAGGUUUCCUGUUCCCUUGCACAAAUCUCACAGGCCACUUGAGUUCCGGGAUACCCGAGCUGGUCAUUGAGUGGGCAUCUUGCCCAUAUCCUAUAACAGUAUACAAACACUGCUGAUACAGACGAACUCUGGUAAAUUGAAGCACCAACGGUUCUCAGGCAGGCCUCCUCUUAGAUGUCCAGCAGGCUUGCCCCCUGAGAGGCCUACUGUGUGCUCACUCCCUUGCUCGUCCUCUUGGAGGAUCCAGAAUGCACAGUUAGGACAUUACUGCAGGUGUUGGAAGGGGGACUAUUUUACCACUGUAUCAGGAGGCUCUUCCUAGAACAGCUGGAGGUGGCAGCGUUUGGCUCAAAUGUUCUAAAACCAACAUAUAAGGAAACUCAUAUUGUCCUGACAAAUGCUACUCUGGCUCUGAGAUCUGUGAAAUUCGUGUGAGAAAGGUACCUUGGAAAGAAUAUGCAUCUCCAUAGUACACACAGACACACAGACACACAGACAGAGGUUCUCCUUACAACUGGCUUUCCUUUCUGGAUGUUUGGAGAGGCAGUCUGUGCCAGUAACGGAGGCUGAUGGAACCGGUAGUGAUUUUCAUUUGAAAAACACAUCUCUCAGGUGGGCAUGGUGGUGCACACCUGUGAUCUUAUUGCUUAGGAAGAAGAGGUAGGAAGAUUGAACAUUUGAGGUCAGCCUGAGCUACACGGUGAGUGCAAAGCCAGUUUGAGCUACACAGCAAGUUCUAAGCCACCCUGCGCUGUACAGUGAGUCCAGAAUAGCGAGAUACAUAAUCGAAUGGUGUCCUAACAAACACACAAAACCAAAAACCAAAACAAACCAAAAAUCCCUCUGGAGGUUCUCUGCCGGUGAGGGAAUGAAGAUGCCUUUGUUGCAGCCAUGUGUCCUUCUCCUUGGUUUCCUAUGCCUGGGCUGCACUCAUCUCCCACCAGGCUAUCGUUCCUUCAGCGAGACUAAUUACCUGUGAUGGCUCUUCUUGGCUGUCAACCGAAUACAUCUGGAAUUAACGAAUUCAUCUCUCGGAUUUCUUCACUGUGGGUGGAGUUAUUUUUUGGCUGCGAGGUAAUUUUCUUGAUUAAAUCAUUUAAAGUGGGAAGACUGACCUUUAAUCCAGAUCCUCUGAGCUGGGAAGAUCCACCUUUAAUCUGGACCCCACUUGCUGGCAGCCAAUAUAGAGGACAGGGAAGAGGGAAGCUUCUGCUCGCGGCCUGCUUGCCCUUGGUCUCACUGGCAAGUCCGUCCCUCCACUGGCAUUUGAGCUGACUUCUUUGGGAUUCUGGCAGAUACUGAAGACCAGCUGAGACAUCCAGCCUUGUGGACUCAACAACUACUGGACUCUUGGAUUUUCCUUUGAGGGACAACCAUCGUUGGACUAGCUGGAUCAUGGCCUGUAAGCCAGUCUAGUAAAUCUCGUAUAUAUGCAUAUAUAUAAUAUAUGUAUAGAUUAUAUAAAUAUAUGCACUCAUAUAAAUAUGUAUAUACACACAUGUAAAUAUGCGUAUAUUAUACAUGCAUGUAAACAUGUAUAUAUGUACAUACAUAUAUAGAUAGAUACAUGCAUAUAAUAUUCAUUCUAUUAGUUCUGUUCUUCUAGAGAACCGCACUAAUACACCACCCAUGAGGAUGACCUGGUGAACCUUGCUCUGGUGCUUGGUGGUGAUGUCUCUCAGCAGAAUGACAAACGCCAGUUAGAAGGUUCUCCUCCUAGGUUCCCCACCCUAGCCCAUGUGACCUCAGGGUUGGGCCCUUGAUUUCUACAGGAUGGCUCAUUUUGUCCACUCUUGGCUCUGGUCUCAGCUGUACUUUGUGUUGGAGUUUUCCUUGAUAAAGAGGCACCAGAGAGCCUGUGCAGCUAUGGUUGCUGUUUGCAAUGCAGACCUCUUCCUGCCAGCAGCAUCCAGCACUCCUGGAGGCUGCACACUCUGAGGUCACUGUGUGGGUCACAGCCAUCCUCUUCCUCAGGAUGCCCAGCAUACAGGUAUUGGUACCACUUCCUCUGGGAAGACUUACCCUUCUCAUCACAAUGAUUAAAAGUGUUGCUUUUUCUCACAUCCUUACCAACGCUGGCAAUUUAUAUAUGUAUGCUUACAAAUUAUUAGUUGAUCAUUGUUAUCUUCUGGAUAGGAAAGCCAGCCUCUAGUCUCCAGAUUUCCUUUUGUACAGUACUGGCAAGACUGAGACUUCAUAAUGGCUACAUGUCAUUUCUUUGGUUAAUAUACUUAGCCUUUUUUUUUU